AUGAAGAGCUACAAAGUAUUCAAGAAGCCUUACAUCCUCAUUGAAGACACUAAGAACAAGUACCAGCCAUUUUACAAGGAAUACGCCAACUCAGAUGCCCCGAAGCUUCACUUAGACAGCCCGACGCUAUGCUGUCCAUUCCAGGCAGCUAAGAAGUACAAACAAUCAGGUAAGCGUAGGCACACUAGAGAAGGUUUUUGUGAGGUUUGCUAUGUCAGGUUCAGUAACUACGAAGAGCAUAUCAAGGAGUUCGAACACAGGGAGUUUGCCAGGGACAACUCCAACUACAAGAAGCUUGACGUAUUCAUAUCAACCUCUGCAUUUGAAAACACAGGCCCGUCAGAGGAGUAUGUUCCGCAGUCGCCAACCUUCAAGCUAACCCCGGCUUCCAGUGAAAGGAAAUACAAUGGCACCUGCCUGAACGAUAACGAAAAGUGCAGCCAAACGCUCCAUUUUUCCCUUGUCAGUACAGAAGGUUGUUUGGGACAGGAUGCCAUGCUGUUUGAUCAUUUUAUUGCCGAGAUAUUUGAUAAAUAA